AUGAAAAAGCUACUUAUUACAUUUGUUGUAAAGACCGUUUGUUCAGUAAAACUUGCCCUGAAUUUUGAUCCUAAUAAAUUUUAUCUUGGCACUUUACGGCAACAACAGCUUUAUGCAGCAAUGGGAAAUAUAUUUUCACAAGGUCUAACAGAAAAUAUAAGAAUAUCUAAAUAUCCUAAAAUGUGCAUAUGCCAUUAUACUCUUUUAUUCAACACCAAUGAACUUCAUUCAAGAAUAAAAUUUACAGCUUUAUGUUUAUCUAACUAA